CACGCUUGGGGAGCAGGCUUGGCAGACAAACGGAGCAGGGUGGCACGCGGCCGCUUUGCCGGAAUCCCUUUUCGUGCCGGACAAAGGCAGACGCGGCUCCGCUGCGGGGCGAGCCGGGCGCUCGGCGAGCGGCGCUGGAGAGGCGGCGGCCCCGCCCCGCCCGUCCCGCCCCGCCGCGGGCCGGGGCCGAGCGCUCGGCCGGGCGGGAGCUCAGGAUGCUCGGGCAGCCCCACGGGCCGGGCCGGCGCGAUGGAGCCGCCUGAGGGCUGGGACCCCUACGGGCGGCCGGCCCGGCGCACGCAGUGGCUGGUCAGCGCCCUCGCCUACCACUACGGGCUGGACCGUGGCGUGGAGAACGAGAUCGUCGUGCUGGCCACCGGCCUGGACCAGUACCUGCAGGAGAUCUUCCACCACCUGGACUGCGCCGGGGCGGGCCGCAUCCCCGGCGAGGACUUCCGCACGCUGUGCCAGGUGCUGGGGCUGGAGGAGGCGGCGGAGCCCGAGGAGUGCGCGGGGCUGUGGGACGGGCUCUCGGCCGAGCUCACCUUCCGCCAGUUCCACGCGCGGCUCUGCGGCCACUUCAGCACCCGCGCGGGGCCGCGGCUGCCGCUGGGCCGGGAGAGCGAGCACAUCGAGACCCAGAUCCGCCUGCGCAGCCCCCGCCGCCGCCGCCGCACCGACCCCGCCGGCCGCGGAGCCGCGGGCAGCGCCGAGCGGCGGCCGCCGGGGCCCUGCUCCCGAGAGUGCUACGAGGAGAUCGUGGCGCUGGAGCAGGCCGAGGACCGCAUCGCCAGGCUGGAGGAGGAGAACGGCAGCCUGCGGGAGCUGGUGGAGGACAUGCGCGCAGCCCUGCAGAGCAGCGAUGCGCGGUGCCUGGCGCUGCAGGUGGGACUGCGGAAGAGCCAUGCCAGCCAUCCGAAAGAAGGAUCCUGCUUCGUAGGGAGGAAGAGAGCAUUAACACAGAAGCACUCUCAGACCAAGUGCCUCCAAAGUGUCCUGGAGGAAAUGGAGCUCAUCCGCAGCUCCAGGGAUGGGCAGAUUGAAGAAGCCAUCAGGUUCAGUCAGGAGCUGGAGAAGGAGCUGAAGAGCUCUCAGGAAGCUCUGGUCAGCCUGGAAGAUUGCAACCGUAACCUGAAGAGGGAGCAGGCAGAGAUGAGGAGGAAGGUGGAAGAGGCCAGACACGCUGUCCUGAACAGUCUUGGCAAAGUGAAGGAGCUGGAAGUGAGAGCUAAGGAAGUGCCACAUCUGCAAAUACACAUCCAGCAGCUGGAAUCACAACUGCAGCACUACAGGUCGGAGCUGGAGCGAUGCCAGCUGGCCCAGCAGAGCAGCCCCGAGCAGCAGCAGCAGCAGGAGGGAGCAGCCGUGCCUGGGGGCACCCGCGGAGCAUCCGUGGCACCACCGGGCACUGCCAACCACGCAGAGGAGCAGCUCUUCCGCUCCGUGGAGGGCCAGGCUGCCUCAGACGAGGAUGAGGAGCAGUGCCCGGGGGACCGGGCUCCCCAGCUGGGCCACGGGAAGAAGAUCCUGACCAAGCUCCCUUGCUGUGGCAGUGGAUGUGAUGAAAAGACGUGGAGAAAGCUGCUGUCCUACCUGGAGACCAGCAGCACUGACAGGAAGGACCCUGUGGAGCUCUCGGGGACAAUCUCCCCCCUCACAGAGAAGCCAGAACUCAAGGGCCACCAAGAGAAAAAACUGGAAACAAGCAUGGAAGAGAUGAAGGGCCCCUGGCUCGGGGAGCUGCAGCAGAAGGUGGAGGAGACAGAAGUGCUGAAGAUGGAACUGCAGAUGUUGGAGACAGAGAGGGUUCGGCUGUCCCUGGUGGAAGAGAAGCUCCUGGAUGUUCUGCAGCUUCUCCAGCAACUCCGAGACUUGAACAUAUCAAAGCGAGCCCUGGGGAAAAUCCUGCUGAGCACUUUGGAAUCCUGCCGUGACCCCCAGCCUGGCAAAGCCCAGCUGUUGGAAGUGCUGGACACCCUUCAGCAGGAGCUGGCAGCCUGUGAACUGCUGCACAAGCAGCCCAUGGAGCAGGCACAGAGCCCACGGUCCCUGUCCAACCCCCUGGUGAUCUCCUGCUGAGCCCAGCCGGCCCCAGGACAGCUGGAAGGAGGAAUGAGGGACAUUUGUCCAGCUCAGCCACGCCUGGACUGGCCAGGAGCGAGGAGUGGCCCAAAGGAAGAGCAGCAGUCCCGGGCUGGGCACAGCCCUGCCUUACCUGGAUUGCAAAGCCCAGCCCUGGGGUGCCCCUGGGACUGGGCUGGCACCAAACUGUGCCCACCACUCUCAACUGACCCACACGGAUUUACAGCUCUGGAAGACUGGGACUGGACUGGCACCAAACCAAACUGUGCCCACCACACCCACCUCAGCCACACUGACUUACAGCCCUGGCUAUGCAGGGGAUGGGCACAGUUUGCAGCCUUUGUGGAAGCCCCACUCCAAAGCCUGUGUUAUCCCUGGAUUUAUCCCUUACCCUGCAGGUGACAAACUGAAUGAUAAACACACCCAGGAGUGCAUGCCAGCAGUGCAGGUUUUAAGGGCUCUGUGUUUCUCACUCAAUUAUUCACUUUAUUUAACUCUGAAGCUAGAUUUUUUCAUUGCUCUGCUGAAUUUUAUAUUUGCAAUUAUAGAGAUGCCUUAGGAAUAUGCAGCAGCCUUUCCUGACAACAGUCAGAUUUUACAUAAGAAGUUAAAUUUAAGUGCUUGAAGAAGGUCCAAAGCAAUCUUGUUCCCAGGCUCUCAGGGAAAGGAAAGGCUGAAAUAAUUCACUUUGCUGUCAUUCUGUGUUAGCAAACAACUCGUGCAGUGCACUAGUGAGUUCUAAGGUUUAAUUUCCCUCAGUGCAGCUGCAGAGACACAAAAUUAGGCCCCACGUGGAGGCCAAUUGAUGUAAAGAGGUGAGCCUGAUCGUGGUGCCGUGGAAUGUUUAAUCAGCAAUAAAACAAUUCCCAGGGCAAAAGUAAAAAAUAAAAAAAUAGGUUUCUUCCAAGGUGCUUUUGCUGUGUCAUUCACCUGCCAGACAGGGGCAGAGUUCCCAAAACAGCCAGCUGCACUUAUGUUACUGAAAAGAUGCACUGUGGAUCUUUGAAGGAUGUGAUUUGCCUGAGAUAAUGCCAGUGAUGAAAUAAGAUCAUUCAACUGUAUCUGUAUGAAUUUUCCCAGGAAAAAGUUUUUCAUACCAGAAUAAGGUCCACAAUGCAAGCUGGGGAAUAAGAUUUCCAUUCCUUUCCAUUCCUUUCCACACUGUGUAGCUCACACACACCUCCACUGAAAAUUGUGGCACCUUUGAGCCACAUUGGGAACAAAAAUUUGUAUUAUUUUAAUUUCAUUUUAAAGGAGAGAACAAAAGGUGUUAUACAAACAAUGAAACAAACUCUGUUCAAUGUUGUUUACUUCGUUGGGGUUUUUUUGUAUUUUGGGUUUUUUUGUGGUUUAGCAGAGGAAGAUUUUAAGAAUAGA